CUCUGUAACAGCAUUAACAUGGAGUCACAGACAGUCCCCUUGGGUGAUCCCAUAUAUUUUACCACGCAGGUGAGCUCACCUUUGUGACAGAUGGUCCUUUCCACCAGGCGUUCUCAAAGCACAUACACUAAGGAACUGCCUGACCCCUGGUGUGCUGGCCACCGCUUCCCGCAGCUCCCAUUGGCCAGGAAUGGUGAACCGCGGCCAUUGGGAGCUGCAGGUGGCCAUGCCUGCGGAUGGUCAAUGUAAACAAACUGUCUCGUGGCCCGCUAGCGGAUUACUCUGACGGGCCGCAAGCCAAAGGUUGCCGACCCCUGCUCUAGCUGAUGUUACAUUGAUGUGUGUGAUCAGGACGCAGAGAAGGAGCUUGUUCAGAAAGCCAAAGGGUGAUGUUAUUCACUGGAAUGCCCCCCGCUGCCCCGAGGUAGCGAGAUCCCCAGAAUACCCUCACCUGGGACAGGUGUUGCUGGGAGAUGGAGCUGCUUUCCCCAAAGCAAUAAGAGACCUAAGCUCAAGAGCUUUGCCUGCACUGGCUUGUUUCCCUUAAUACCUCCCUUCUUAUUUAUUCAUUCACUGGGAUUACGGUAACACCUAAAUGCCCAAACCAAGAUGGGGGCCCCAUUGUACUGGGCCCUGGACACACCAAUAGUGAGAGACCAUCUCUGCCCUGGAGAGCUUCGUACAAUCUAAACAGACCAGACAGCAGCUCGGGGGUUUUAGCUCAGAGCCGGGCCAGACGAGGACUGUAGGGAAAAUCCCUUCCCUUUGGCUGUAUGUUAGGCAGCAGUGAGGCCUGUUACCUCCUCCCUGCAGCUCCAUGGCACUGUCACUGCAUCACACUCACCCGCCCUCUGGUUUGUUAUUUCUCCUGUUCCCCAGAUCCAGCUAUGAUGAUGGGGAAGGUUCCCUCCUUCUCCCCCGGCUCCACAGUGAGCUCCGCUCUGCCCGGCUACGUCACUCUCUGCCUCGCUCUACAGGUGCGGAGGCUGGUGUCAGCACAGUUCACAGUGACUGGACCUGAUCGUCCAAUCACAGCAUCUGUCGGUGGGAGGCCGUCCUGCCCUGCCACCUCUCCCCCAGGAUGAGCGCUCAGAGCAUGGAGGUGAGAUGGGUCCGAUCCCAGGACUCUGCAGUUGUGCACCUGUACCAAGAUGGGCAGGAUCAGUAUGAAAAUCAGAUGUUGGGCUAUCAAGGAAGGACAGAGCUGCUGAAAGAUGACAUCACCAAUGGAAGUGUUUCCUUGAGAAUACAUGAUAUCCGACCUUCUGACGAGGGCCAAUAUACUUGUUUAUUUCAAUCACUUACCUUCUUUCAAGGCACUUCAGUGCUCCUGCAGGUGGAAGGUUUGGGCUCUGGCCCUGACAUCUCUGUGGAGGGACAUCAGGACGGAGGGAUCAAGGUGGUGUGUCGUUCAUCCAGAUGGUACCCACAGCCCGAGGCUCAGUGGAGAGAUCUUCAGGGGCAGUUCUUACCAUCAGCCUCUGAAAACAUCCCAAGCAGCCGGUGGCCUGUUUCAAACAGAGAUUGCCAUUGUUAUAACAGAAGAGUCCAACCAGAAAGUGUCCUGCUGUGUUAGGAACCCAUGUGUCAACCAGGAGAGAGAGUCAGCAAUUUACAUAGCAGAUCUCUUUUUUCCACGGGUCUCUCCCUGGGUGGUGGCUCUGGUAGUGAUCCUGGCUCUUGUGAUUGCCCUGGCCCUCUACUGCAUCUGGACACAACGCAGAGCAAAAGAGACCCUGCAAACUCAUAUGAAGAAUCAGAAGGGGAUUCUGCUAACUGAAAUGUAGCGUGAGAAUGGUGAGUGUCUGGGCCAGUUACAUUAGCUGGGGCGAGGGGGGGGGGGGAGUCACCAUCAUAAAUACGGCAGGGUGAAAUCUCACAUAUCCCCCUUUCCUCCCCCUAGAGAGACU